AUGUCGAACACACCAACGACCGCCGCCGCGACCACGACCCCACGCAUCGGCAUCGCAGUCUUCGUCGUCCACCCGGUGCCCAACACACUCCCCCCACAAUUCAAAUUCAUCAUGGGGCGCCGCCUCGGCUCGCACGGCAGCAACACAUGGGCGCUGCCGGGCGGGCACCUGGAGCACGGCGAAACAUUCGAAGAAUGCGCGAUCCGCGAGACGCUCGAGGAGACGGGCCUGGACAUCGAAGACGCGAGGUUCCUCACGACGACCAACGACCUGAUGCCGAACCUGAAGGACGGAAGCGGAGGCACGCUGCACUAUGCGACGGUGUUCAUGGUCGCGAAGGUCAAGCCGUGGAGUGGUGCCGUCGGCACGGGCGAGGCCCUUUUUAGUAUGCCGAACCCCAAGGUCAUGGAGCCCCUGAAGUGCGGUGGCUGGGAGUGGGUUUCUUGGGAGGAUUUGGAGGGAUGGGCGACGAGGCAGAUCGACAGGGAGAAGGAGAGGGAUGCGGAUGGUACAAAUUUUGCGGUCAAUGGCAGGCUCGGAGGGUAUGAUGAUCGUCAGGUGUUCACGCCCAUGGUGAAUCUGCUGCUGCAGCGGCCUGGUGUCGUCCCUUCGUGGAGCGGCUAA